CACUCUUCCAUACGUAUCAACCUUUUCUUUCUAUAACCAAGCCAAGCCGCCGGCGUACGUUUUCUCUUCACGGUUGCUCUGCGGUGAUCUUCAUUCUCUCUAUUCAUACAGAUGUGGAGCUAGGGUUUUAGAAUGAGACUUGCAAAAUUGUUUUGUCAAUGCUAAUGAGUAUUGACACUGAAGUCCCGAGAUUUCAAUAUAGGAAUCAAUGUCGCUGGUUGGUCGAUCUAGACAAUUUAUUUCUAUUAUCAAGAGGAUCAGCAAGAAUCCUCGCUCGUAUUCAAGUGUCUCUGCAAAUGGUCCCAGUGAACCCAUCAUCUCCUCGACCAUCAUUGGUAAUCAGCCGACAUCUUCAAUCCCACCACCACUGGAAAGCGCAGCGGUGGACAGAGCAGCUGGAAAACCAUGGAGUUUUCUUAAGUAUACUUUAAUUGCGGCACUUACCGGAGGUGUUGCCACUGCUAGUUAUGCGACAUAUGCAUACACUUUAGAAGAAGUUGAUGAGAAGACUAAGGCUUUGCGUGCAUCAGCAAAAAUUUCUGGAGGCAGUGAUUUAUCUUCUUUUGAUAAUUUUCAAGCUAUGCUAAAACCAGCUGCAAUGACAGUUCCUGCCAAGUUAACUGAGCUUUACCUGGAUCUGCGUGCUUCUACAGAAGAACAUAUUCGAGGUUUUACUGAACCCUCAUCAGAUAUGCUUCUUCCAGAUUUGCAUCCACUAGAACAACACGUAUUUACAUUGGUUUUGGACCUUAACGAAACUUUACUAUAUUCUGACUGGAAGCGUGAUCGAGGUUGGAGAACGUUCAAAAGACCAGGAGUUGAUGACUUUUUGGAGCACCUAGCUCAAUUUUAUGAAAUCAUAGUGUAUUCUGAUCAGCAGUCCAUGUAUGUUGAUCCUAUUGUUGAUAGAUUGGAUGAAAAACACUGCAUUAGGUAUAGGCUAUCAAGGGCUGCAACUAGAUAUCAAGAUGGGAAACACUAUAGAGAUUUGUCAAAGCUUAACAGAGAUCCCGCAAGGGUUUUGUAUGUGAGUGGUAAUGCUCUCGAGAGUUGCCUUCAGUCAGAGAAUUGUGUAGCAAUAAAACCAUGGAAAUGCGAAGCUGAAGACACGACACUUCUGGAUCUUAUACCGUUUCUUGAAUAUGUUGCACGCCAUAGCCCUAAGGAUAUUCGACCUGUACUAGCUUCAUAUCAAGGGCAUGAUAUAGCCAAAGAGUUCAUUGAACGUUCUAAAGAACAUCAGAGGAGAAGGCAGGAGCAGAAGCAACAAGGUCGUUUGUGGCGCUUUUGAUGUGAUGAUUUUUAGAAAAGGUGCAGAUAAGUACAUCUGUUACGCAGAUUGAGAUCGAGAAUGAUUACAACUAUAAAGAUUGUUGGUUGGUUUAAACUUUUAGACCUAUCAUGAGUAGAAAACCAUUUAGUUACUGGGAUCUUAUUUUUUGCCAUGACAUUUUUGGACCCCUCGAGAAUAAAGUCUCAGUACAUGGCUCUUAACUUGCAUAUUCUUUUGCCUAUAGUUGAUUUUCAUUUGUAGCAGAAAAUGUCAAAGCACUAGUUUUAAACAUUGUUUA